AUGCUUUCAUCGGCAAUUCUUUUUAGCAAAGAAAAAGAUGCAAAAUCGAUGACGCCAGAAUGUCACCCGAAUCAGAAUCUCGUGAACACGCUAAAGAACAAUGCUGGUGUUGGGUCGAGAAUAGUUUGUAAGGAUGUUGAGGAAGUGUUCGUUGUCCCACAACCACGUAAGACACUGUCAUCGGUAAGAAAUGACCGCCAGAAAUACCAGCGUUUUCGAAAUAAGCAAUACCUCUGCGACAUAUGUGACAGUGCUUUCACACUGAAACACAACAUACAAACCCAUUUGUUACUUUAUCAUCCAAAUAAUGAGACCUAUAUGAAGCGUAGACGUGGCAAACGGUAUAGAUGUUUGAAAUGUAAUGCGUUGUUCCGAACUUUCGCUGCCGUUCAGAAGCAUCGAAAACGACAACACGGAGUGCGCAUGCGACCGAAAUGUGAAACAUGUCAGAAAGAAUUUCCAACCGCUUCGUUACUUCGUGAACAUGUGGCUGUCAUACAUUUAAACUUGCGUCCAUUUAAAUGUACCAAAUGCUCGGCGGUAUUUGGUCGACAGGGAUGCUUACGUCGGCACGAUAUGAUGCGGCAUUUAAAUUACGUUUAUUUAUGCCCCUACAAACAGUGCACUCACGCCGGCUUUAAAUGUUCUAAAGCACUAACAGCACAUAUUCGCUCCGUUCACACUCACGUUCGACCGUACAAAUGUGAACAAUGCGAAAAGCGCUUUGUACGCCGGAAUGACUUACGAGUUCAUUCGGAUAUCCAUAACACAGAGUGCAAAUACAUUUGUCCAACUUGCAAACAAAUGUUUCAACGCAGAAUACAUUUUCAAAAGCACGCCAGAAAAUGUCAUCCAACAGGAGAAUCAUGA